CCAUUUCAUCGUCGUCAAAGAUUAAGUCCCACAACAGACGAUACAUCGCGAUCAAAAACCGAUUUACACACACAAAUAUCAACUACUAUUCCACCAACACCGUCGUCUUCUCAUAAUGCUGCACAAGUAUUUUCUUCGACAACUGCAAGAAAUAAUGCAUCUGAUCAACAACAACUACAGCAAACAAUCACCGAUAAUGUUUCUACUUCCAAUAGUCAAAAUCUCGACUCAUUAUCAACGACCACACCCAAAAAUUUAAAUAAUGACAAAUCAUCAUCGUCCGUCAGUACUGAUUGGGAUCAUCAGCAAGUAGCAACUACAAGUGGUCCAUCGUCAGUUAUUCCAACAACGGCUGCAAAUUCACCAAAUCCUGUUGUGUUAACAUCAACAAUAGAGAAAAAAGGUUUAAAACGAUCUGCCAAUGCACUUGAAGAAUCUUAUCGUGGAUAUGAUGACGAUGAUGAAAAUGAUAGUAUUCAACAGCCAAAACAAACAUACGACUUUCAUGCAACAGAUAUAUUUUUACAACUUCCCUUAAAGAGAUUUCGUCACGAUACUGAUUCAUGUGCAUCAUCGGUUCAACAGCCAUUACCAGUGACAACAGCACCAAUGCCACCUUCAAAUACCUCUGAUCAAAUUUAUCGUUAUGGUUUAGCGACGCCUCCCACUCCAACUCAAAUCAAUAAGGAUCCAUACGCUUUUGAUGAUGAAGAUGAAUCAGUAACAUUAGGUGGUCCGAAACCGUCCAAUCCGUACGGAAAAACUGUUGAGACGGUAACAAUUGCUACCGCUAUUACUUCUACAAAUUCGUCUAUUGCUCAACAAAAUAGUCAACAAUAUUAUAAAACAGAUGAUUUGAAGCCGUCAUAUUCGGAUCUUGAGAGAAUUUUUGAAGGGUCCUCAAAUGAUCCAAAUGAAUCAAAUACAUCGACAAAUUUGAUGUCGACCACAGGUAUCUUGACCAAUGGAGAAGUACGUUCACCACAAAACGAACGAAAAGAGUCAAUGACAGUAUCAACACUAACAACAUGUGCAACAAUGAAACCACUUAACAAUUUUCAUGGUUUAGAAGAAAUUUAUGCUACACCACCAGGUUCUUCAUCAUCCGAUAAACUCAACUGCCUUCAUUCACCUUAUAUGACUGAGACUGUGACAAAUCCUAAUGUAUCUGCCUAUGCAGCAAAAUUAGAAGCCGCUCUUUUAUCUGUCUCAUCAACACCAACAGUAGAAAUAUUAAAACAAUUUAAUAGUGAAUCAAUUAUUGUUCCAUUUGAACCUGUUAUUAUUGAAGAACAAUCGGCAUAUUUUCCGUUAAAAAAGUUUUCAUCCACAAAUGGCUAUUUAUCAAAAUCAUCCUUGACUACGAAAGAAUUAAAACCACUACGAUAUGAACCAGUACCGAUCACUUCGUCCUUGACGACAUCAUCCACCUCAUGGACAACUCAAACAAAAUAUUCAAGAAGACAUCAGCAAAAUCCACUAAUUGAUUCUGCGAGUCCAAUGGACAACCGUCGACAUGCACCACGUUCUACUCCCGGUGGUAUAGGUAUAGGCAGUGUACCGUCGACAACAAUUCCCACUCCAUUAGGUACCAAUCCAACGUACUCUCCAAUGAACACAUCAAUUCCAUCGAUCCGUUCUGUCGAUUCUACUCGUUCAGUAGGAAGCAUCAUAGCUAGUCCGGGACCAGGAUCUGUACAGCCACGUAACAGCGUUGAACCCUAUUCUGUUUCGGCAAUUAAUUCAAUAUCUUCGACAUAUGAACGAAUACCCGAAGCCGAUUCCCUAUAUUUUAACAUAUUGUUAAACGAUAGCAUAUUGAACAUCUUCCGUGAUAUGAAUUUUGACUCUUGUGUACUUUGUGCUUGUACACCAAAUGAAUUAAGCAUACGUGGAACGGAUGCAACCAUUUAUCUACAACAACAACAGCAAUUGAUUCAGCAACCACCACCACCACAUCAAAUACAAUCAAACCAUCAACUUCAACAACAACAUUCUCAUCAUUCACUAUCGAAUUAUCAAAACAUGAUGCAACACCCGCAAUAUCUUCACAAUCAUAGUCGCUAUGAUCAACAGCAUUCAAUGCAAGGACAAAUGAUGAUGACACCAACAGUUUCUUCAAAUAAUCACAAUAAUCAUAAUGUAUGUUCAUGUGGUUUUAGUGCGGUGAUUAAUUUAAAAUUAAGUGCCAAUGCCGGUUUAUUCUAUGAAGAUGAAAUAGAAAUAACUGGAAUCAAAUACGAAACAAAAUAUAAUUACAAAACAUCGUUGAAUACGACAGAAAAAUUACCACCAAAUUUAAUUGAAAUGAUAGAAAAACAAGAAUGUCUGCCAUCACCAUACGAAUGUUUCAAUACAAGAAAAGUCAUCACUAGACUAACGACCACGACGACGACAACGACGACGAAUAAUGAUUUACAGUCUGCAAUAAAUGUUAAUAAAAAUCAAUUAGCAAUAAAUAACAGUGAAGCAACAAAGCUUUCGUUGAGAAGCUCGAAAAAUUCAGUUUAUUAUAAUGAGAAUUUUGCAUGUUGUUCAGCAAUGGAGCAAGCCAGAAACAUUAUGGAUAAUAUCAUGCUCUCUAAGGAUGAACUUGAUAAACAAAACUGGCUACAUUUGUGGCCAUACUCACCAUCUCCACUGGAUUCUGAUCAACAAAUGAUUAGUAUGUUAAAUUCAUUACAACCCUUAUUAGUUGACGCCUUGAAUAAACGUACUGUGAGUGGUUUAUGGAAUUCAAUAGAAGGACCGUUAACGUGGAAACAUUUCAAUCAAUUAUUAUACACACAAAAUCAGCAUAUACAGUUAGAUGAACAAUUAACUGGUCCACAACCGAUUCCCUAUGUAUUGGCCGGCUUAGAUCGUGAAUGGUUAACAUUAGCACCGUAUGGUCUAAAAUUUUGGGAUAAAUUAUGUCUGGAACCGUAUUCAAAAGCAAAAGAUAUUGCUUACAUAUGUGUUGUGCCUGACAAUGAUUAUAUAUGUUCAAUGACAAAACUUUACUUUCGUGAAUUAUCAACACAUUACGAAUUAUGUCGUCUUGGUGUUCAUCGACCAUUAUUAAAAUGGUUUCGAGACAACGGAUUAUUAAGAAUAAAUAGUGCAUCGACCCUCUCUUCUCAAAACAGUGACUCAUCAUCAUCUACAACAACGACGACGACGACGACGACGAAUGUACCGACAUCAUCUAUUCCUGUUGAUCAAUGGUUUACUGAUAAUGAAACACACCCAGUUGGCGCAAGAUUAAAAUUAUAUGCUCAGACAUUGAAAGCAAAUUUACAGCAUCUACUUCAAACUCAAACUCUUGAUCAUACACUUCAUGAAGAAGCACCAAAACGUGAAGUAUUUCGUGCUCCAAAUGAUAUUUCUGCGAAUACAUCGACCACACCGUCGUCAGUUGAAAUGAAUAGUGGUAAUGAUAUUGGUCUUUCAGCCCCAUCUUCAUCUCCUUCAUCAGCCGAUAAAUCAAAUAUGAAUUUAUAUGCCAAUUUCAAUUCUUCAUCCAAUGCUAUUACCGGUGGACUUGGUGAUAGUAUGAACAAUAAUCUCAUGAACAGUGCCAUUGAUCCUCAUGAUUUACUAGCAUUUGAUAGUUUACAACAAGGUCGAACAGCAAAUGAUGAUCAACCCUUCAUUGUUUUAUAUAUUAUUGACACAUUUCGUUAUGAUUUUAUUGAUGAUAGUAAUUCGAAUCAAGAUGAUGAUGAAUUAGAAUGUCAUGUAAAGAAGGGUAUACUACGUGCCUAUAUGGAUCUUAUUAAACUAUUACCAGAUAAAAUAGCAACGAAAAUUAAUAUACAAAUUGUACCAUUUGAAUCUGUUGUUGGACAACAAAUAGAAUCAGAUACUGAAUUAAGAUUAACACAAUUAAAACGUUUAGCAUUUCAUGUCUAUGGUCAAUUGAGAAGGACAAUAACAUAUACAUCACGUGCGAAAUCAUUAACAGGAUUUGGACCUGCAGCAUCGGAAGAAAAAGCAUUGACAAAAGCGCUCAUGCAAUUAUAUACACCAGCGUACAUAUUAUCACCAAAAUCUGAUUUUCGGUAUAAAUCAUUUUCUGAUCCAAAUGAAAUAUCGAACAAUGGCUGUGUAUUAUUUUGUUCAUAUUGUUUAUCUGAUGAUCAACGUUAUUUAUUAGUUAGUUGUUCAGAUGAUAGAGGAGAGUUAUUAGAAACAUGUUCAAUCAAUAUUGAAAUAUCUGACAGACAUCGACGAAAAAUACAGCAUGCACGACGUAUUGGUUUACAAAAAUUAUGGAAUUUCAUUAUGCGUAUAAUAACAAGUACCACAAUGCCUUGGAGAAUUGUUAUUGGACGACUUGGACGAUUAGGACACGGCGAAGUAAAAAGCUGGGGUGUGAUAUUAUCGAAGAAAAAUUUGGUGCGUUGCGCAAAUAUCAUACGUGAUACUUGUCAGUCGUGUCAUACAUUGCGGUCUCAUGAUCAACCAGUAAUAUUGUCAGCAUGUCUUAUCUCGUUAGAAACACAUACAUCUUUAACUAUACUACCAGAAUCAAUUGAGCUUGCUGAUGUACGUGCUGCGGGUACUCAAGGACAAAUUGUUGAUGAAGUAUCUGUAACACACAUUUUAACAUUACCAACAUCGGCAUCUGUGACAUCACAAACGUUAACAACGCGUAAUGAUGUAAAUCCAAUGAAUAUGACCAAUACAGAAAAUGAUGAAGAUUUUUUUAAUGAACUAUUUGGUCAAUUAGAUCCUGAAGCAGAAGGACCACCGAAUGAUGCAUUCGAUCUUGUUUCACCACCACCACCAUCAGCUGAUUUAACGGAUACAUUUUCGUCCAAUAUGGGUGGUUUAGGCUAUCAUGGUAUGAAUGCUAGUGGCGGUGGUAGAUCAACAAAUGCAUUAACAACAACAAAUGAUUAUAAUUGUAAAGAUAAUAAUGGUUUAAAUAUGAAUGGAAAAUCACAUUAUGAUCAUUCACUUAGUUGUGAUAUUGAUUUAAAUGAAAUACCAUCGUUACAUCAACAACCAUUAGCUCUUGGUUUUUAUGUGUCAACAGUGAAUACAUUAAAUAAAUUACCAGAAUGGAUGUUAAACAAUAGUUAUAGUGAACGAAAUAAUAAAAAUUGUAGUAUAUUUAAAGCUACACUACACAUGCAUAUACCAAAUGCACAACAAUCAGAUGAUAUGUUAUUUCAACAAAAUAUUGAUCAAAAAUUAGCACAUCCACUAGAUUCUAAUUUUACCUACGUUGUUUUAAGACACGUUCUCGAAUCUUAUAAUCGUCUAUCAUGGUUAUUAAUCGAUCCGAAAACAAAUGAAAGAGCCAGUUGUCUACCAAUUCAUAUUGAAACAUUAUUAAGAUUAUAUCAUUCGUUUGUUAAAUUUGUAUGA